ACCAUGGCUUGUCUUGGAGUCCAGAGGAGCAAGGUCCAACUGCAGCUGGCUUCUAGGACUUGGCCCUUUGUAGUCCUGCUUGCUUUUCUCUUCAUCCCAACUUUGUCCAAAGCCAUACAAGUGAGCCAACCUUCAGUGGUAUUGGCCAGCAGCCAUGGUGUCGCCAGCUUUCCAUGUGAAUAUACAUCAUCACACAACACUGAUGAAGUCCGGGUGACAGUGCUGCGUCACACAAAUGGCCAGAUGACUGAGGUCUGUGCCACGACAUUCACAGUGAAGAAUACGUUGGGCUUCCUAGAUGACCCUUUCUGUAGUGGUACCUUCAACGAAAGCAAAGUGAACCUCACCAUCCAAGGACUGAGAGCUGCUGACACUGGACUGUACUUCUGCAAGGUGGAACUCAUGUACCCACCACCAUACUUUGUGGGCAUGGGCAACGGGACCCAGAUUUAUGUUAUUGAUCCAGAGCCCUGCCCAGAUUCUGACGUCCUCCUUUGGAUCCUUGCUGCAAUUAGUUCAGGGUUGUUUUUCUACAGUUUCCUGAUCACUGCUGUUUCUUUGAGCAAAAUGCUGAGGAAAAGAAGUCCACUUACAACAGGGGUCUAUGUGAAAAUGCCCCCAACAGAGCCAGAAUGUGAAAAGCAAUUUCAGCCUUAUUUCAUUCCCAUUCACUAGCAGACCAUCUAUGAAGAAGAAAGGCCAUACUUCAGCCUCUGAGACUGAGGCAGUUCCAACUUUCUUUUGCUCUCCAGCUAUUUUUACUCACUUGUGUAUUUUAAGGAGAGUAUGCCUCUCUUUAAUAUGAAGCUGGAUGCAAAGUUCAAAUUAAGCAUACUACAAUUUAAAGCUAAGGGCCAAGAACAGAGAACUGGGAUAUUUCUGGAAGUAUCACUUGGAAGCAACUUAAGGAUGUAGCAUUAUGAUGUGGGGUCAAGGAAAU